AUGGCAUUUGAAGGAUUAUCAUUCUUCAUUACUUCUUUUUUUCUUCUAAUUAUCAUCUUCCCUUUGAUAUCAUCUUCUGAGCCAAAUAAUGCUCAUUCCCAUGGAUUGGUGUUUCUAAACAACCUCCAUGGAUGCAAGAAAGGUGACAAAGUAGAAGGAAUCCACCAAAUGAAGGCAUACCUCCAGCAUUUUGGCUACUUGAACCAUGUUCAAAAUCAUUCAAAAUCUUUUAGUGAUGAUGAGUUCGACGAGGUCUUAGAGUCUGCCAUUAAAACUUACCAACUCAACUAUAAUCUCAAGGCCACUGGUACUCUUGAUGCCACAACGCUAGCUCUUAUGUCGAAACCUCGAUGCGGGAUUGCGGACGUUGUUGACGGCAAGACGAUGAUGAAAUCAGGGAAGAAAAUGGUGAAUCAACAUAGAAAAAUAAAUGGUCACUUCCAUUCUGUUUCUCACUAUGCUUUCUUUGAAGGAAACCCUAAAUGGCCAGCUUCCAAAUCCCACCUCACUUAUGGAUUCCUCCCCGGGACCCCAUCUGAGGCGGUAGCGCCAGUGGGUCGAGCAUUUACCACAUGGGCUGCAAACACUCACUUCAGCUUCUCCCAAGCAUCUGCAUAUGAAACUGCUGACAUAAAAAUAAGCUUUGAAAGUGGCGACCAUGGAGAUGGCCAUGCCUUUGAUGGCGUUGGAGGAGUCAUAGCUCAUGCCUUUUCACCUACAGAUGGGAGAUUGCAUUUCGACGCGGUCGAGCCUUGGGCCAUCGGCGCCGUUGCUGACUCGUACGAUGUGGAGACGGUGGCGUUGCAUGAGAUUGGACACCUUCUCGGCCUUCAUCACAGCUCUGUGGAAGGGGCUAUCAUGUGGCCAACCAUCAUGGGAGGAGCUACCAAGGGUUUGCAUGCCGAUGACAUUGCAGGCAUUAAUGCUUUAUACACAACUACUUCUUGA